AUGAGGAGUAUUAUUUUGGUGUUGGCAUUCGCCUUGGCGGCUGUCUCAGCCUUGCAGCUGGAGGAGCCGGUUGAACAGGAUGUUUCUCUGCAGGAAUUGGCCAAGCAGCUGGGACUCGAACUGAACCUGGACUUCGACCUGGACCUGGGAUACAACUUAGAGGACGAGCUGCCCGAGGAGGGCAUCGUGGAUGUGGACGAGUUCGCCAUCCUGGACCGCAUGUUGCGCUUGCUCAUCGCCGAAUCGAAGGCUCUGGCCAAGGAGAUCAUCCUGCUGACGGAGCGCCAGCUGCUGAAAAUCUUCCUAUGGCCCAUUAGGGAGCUGGAGAAGCUGGCGGAGGACGUGGAGAGGCGGGCAUUGGACGCGGGCGAGUGUGCCAUCAAUGUGACCAGCAGUUCGGCCGAUAUGGUGGCGUCCACCACACUGGACUUCCUGGGCUGCGCACGCGAUGCCGCUGUCACGUCGAUCAAUCUGGUGCUGGACACCAAGAAGGCGGUGCUCCAACUGACCCUCGAUGGCUAUCAGCUGUAUCAGCUGAGAAGGGAAUGCAAGAGCCACAAGGCCACCAGCAUUCGAAAGAAGACAUGCAAGGCCAUAUUCACCGCCAAGGGCGUCAUGUACGUCGCCAAUGGACAGGCCUCGCUGCGCCACCUGAUCAGACUGCGCAAGAGCGUUCCCGCCGUGGCCACCGAUGCGACCAGCUGCACCAACAAGUCCACCGAGAACGCCAUCCACGGAUUCGACGAGCUCAACGCCGCCAUCGAUGCCUGUGCCGCCAAUUUUAAGUGA